GUCACUCACAUUGUUCAUGCUAUUGUACUCGUUGUUUGUUCUCCAUCACAAUCACCUAUUCGUUUCUGUGUGCUGCUGUCAUGAUUUUCUAUGGUCCUGCGCCUCAAGUUUCGCUUGACAACAACGAGCCGCCCUCAAACAUCGUUGAGUAUAUGGUCAAUUUGGUCGAGGGUGAUCAUGAUGAGGGUGAUGAGAUCCCCCAAGAUGAUCAGCAGGAGCAAAACGGUGAAGAAUGGUUCGAAGAGCAGCUCGAAGAAGAUCUCAAGUGGUCUUUUGCCUUGAACAGGGUGUUGCAUAUAGGAGCAAGCCAGUUUCAAGAUGUUGCUCUAGUAGACUCGAAGAGAUUUGGCAAGGUUCUGUUGAUUGAUGGAAGGCUGCAGAGUGCUGAAAAUGAUGAGUUUAUAUACCAUGAGUCCUUGAUUCAUCCUCCUCUUUUGCUGCAUGAAAACCCCAGAACCAUAUUCAUAAUGGGAGGUGGUGAAGGGUUUACAGCCAGAGAGGCACUGAAGCACAAAUAUGUGGAGAAAGUUAUAAUGUGUGAUAUAGAUGAGGUAGUUGUAAAUUUUUGUCGUGCUCAUCUGGAAGCAAACCAUGAGGCGUUUUCUGAUGAUAGGCUUCACCUAGUUUUCAAUGAUGCCAAGACUGAGUUGGAGAAAACUGAAGAGAAGUUUGAUGUGAUUGUGGGAGACGUACCAGACCCAAUUGAGGGAGGCCCUUGCAACAAUCUCUACACCAAAAACUUCUAUGAGCAAGUCAUAAAAUCUCACCUCAAGGACAAUGGCAUCUUUGUCACUCAAGCUGGUCCAGCAGGAAUUCUCUCCCAUAAGGAUAUAUUCACUUCAAUAUACAACACUGUAAAACAAGUGUUCAAAUAUGUGCUUGCAUACACAGCUCAUGUGCCGUCUUAUGCAGAUUCAUGUGGAUGGGUUAUGGCUUCAGAUCAACCACUCAAUUUGGAUGCUGCACAACUCAAUAGCAGCAUUCAGGAACGAAUCCGAGGGAAGCUACUGUAUUUAGAUGGUGCUUUCAUUGUCUCAUCAACUGUGGUAAACAAGACGAUCUUCACAUCGUAAGUACAGGCUUAAGGAAGAAACUAAUGUCUUCACAGAAGAAACUACAAAGUUCUGCCAUGGACAUGGACUCGCUGACAAUGCACAAGGCAACGGGUUUAUUAAGGUCUAAAUGUGUUCUGUGCUGCCAUAGAAGCAAGGCCGGUGACAAUAAUUUAAGUAUUUGGAUAAUAUGUAAAAUUAAGAACUUUUUAUUUUGGUCUUCAAGUCGGAACUAGUUUUGAGUUUCUGAGAGAUAACAUUGGCUUUAAUCUGAGAUUUAUGGUUAUGAAAUAAUUGGAUCA